UGCUGCUGCUGCUGCAGACAGACCAGACGGACAGACGGACGGACUGAACAUCACAGGAGAGGGAAGACCGGUGGACUUAAAGCUACAUCCACAGCUCUCAUACACCACUUUACAUCAAGCAGAAGAAGAAGAAGAAGAAGAAUGGGCCUGCACAGCGUUGAAGAGCUGGUGACCGGCAAGAGGUCAGAGGGCAAAGAGGCCGAAGGCUUCCAGGGAGGCCAGUACGAGGCGGCGGUGAACCAGGAGAAGCAGGAUGACAGGAGGUCUCACCAGGAGCUGGAGGUGGAGGAGGGCGACAGCGAGCAGGAGGAGGUCAGCGUGGCAGCUCUCAAUACGGAUAAGAGCGGCCGGCUGAAGCUGGAGACGGUGGACGACCUGUUCAACAUCCUGCAGCUGAGGAAGAAGAGGAGGGAGAGGAAGGUUCCGGUCCACAAGAAACGGCAGCCAGAGCCCGAGACUGUGCCAGAGUUUGUGGAUGAGAAGCUGUUUCUGACGGCGGCGAUGGAGAACAAACUUCCUGUGGUGGAGAAAUACCUGAAAGAUGGAGGAAACCCGAACGCUGCCGACCACUUCCAGAGGACAGCGCUGCACAAGGCCUCCUUCAAAGGUCACGUUGAGGUGAUGAAGACGCUCCUGGAGGCCGGAGCCGCCAUCGAGAAGAAAGACAAGCUGGAGGCCACGGCGGUCCACUGGGCCUGCAGAGGAGGCAGCCUGGAGGCCCUGCAGCUCCUCCUGGACCAGGGAGCCAAGUUCACCUCCAGAGACAAGCUGCACAGCACUCCUCUCCACGUGGCCGUGAGGACGGGACACUGCGAGUGCGCCGAGCAUCUCAUCCACUGCGGCGCCGACGUCAACGCCAAAGACAGAGACGGAGACACUCCGAUGCACGACGCCGUGAGGAUCAACAGAUUCAAGAUGAUCAAGCUGCUGAUGAUGUACGGAGCCAGUCUCAGCACCAAGAACUCUGAUGGAAAGACUCCGAUGGAGUCGCUGUAUUCGUGGCAGAACGGCGCCAAGAGCCUCCUGUACAAGUGCAACGAGGAGAAGUAAAGUCCAGAGGCAGGCUGCAGACGGAGCUGCUGGCUGGUUCGGGGAGAAGAGGUUUAAGAAGGGGGUUCAUUCUGUAUUUUCUGGUCCAUUCUGAGGUCCAUGAACCAAACACUCAUCCAGGGAAGCUUUUCCACGUGUUUCUCAGCCUCGUGUUGACUCACUCUUACGGAGUCGCUCAGGAAACCGGCUGCUGGAGGAUCUCUUAGAACUUUAUUUUACUCGCCUCCUCCUGGUUCAGGGAUUUGAACCGGCAGCUCCUUGGCCUGAUGGUUCGACCUGCAGGGCUGCCGACGUUCACGUAGACACACUGUGGAGAGCAGCCUCUCACCGACAAUGUGAAAUCUGAUCAGGACGCCGUUAAUAAUGUGAUCAUUAGCUCUGAUAGAUUCAUUGAUCGCCACGUGUUGCUGGACAAUGUCUCGGCUGACGGUAUGAAGAUGAUUUUUCUUAACUUUACUUGAAGCUGAGUUGAAGUCAGCAGGUUGGUGACUAUUUAUUGAUUACUGACAUUAGGUUUAGUGACAGAGUGGCUGCUUGUCUAGACUCAUAGCUGGUUUCAUGCAUAUUUAUGGUCAGAUUUAACCAAACAUAUGAACGACAUUGAGCUGAAAUGAGAGAUGCUGCUUCAGUGGUUCCAGGUGCUCGUCAGCUGGUUUCCCUGCAGUCUGCAUCAAAGCCAGUGUAGACAAACACACUCCAACCAGAGUGAACAGAACUGAGCCUUUUGUUUUAGUAGAUGAUGUGUGCUGUUUAAUCUUUGGUCUUAUGUAUUUUAAGAUUGAGAGAUGAGAUGGAAGAAGCAGGUUUUUGAGUCACGUCCAGAAGAAUCUCUCCACUUUCACCUUUAUUUCCAUUGAUGAUCUGCAGAUCCACAGACAGCUGGUUUCUUGUAGAAAUGCACCUUUUCUCCUGCAGCGUGCAUUCAAGCACAGAACAAACACCUUUCUGGGUCUGUGUAUCUGCAGCUUAGAUUCCCUAAAAGCUUGAAGCAUUGAUUUCUUUGUAGGUUUAGUCCAAACAACCUUUGAACAUCAUCGAGUUCAGACUUUCUGUUUGGUCUGCUGAGGUCCAAACAACUGAUCCAGGGUCGCCUCGGUGGCACAAACUGAGCUCCAGUCGGCUUCGUGUCUGCUGCUCGGCGACCCUGACGCCUCAGCUGCUGACUAGUUUAGUUCACUUGCACUGACGAUGUUGUUUCUAGUUGUAGUUUAUUCUUUAUGUCUAAAACAAUAAAGUGUGAGAGAGGACGAGCUGAAGAGUCGCCGUUGGUUGAGAGGAUGUUAGACGAGCGUCUAUGUGGCUGAAACAGGCCUCCAUGUAUUUUAUUUUAUUUUUUAAAGAUGUUUAUUUUGCCUUGUAUUUAUGGAUAUGAAACAAAUAAAGCAGAUUUUGAAAUGAA